AUGACCCUGGCGGCUUCCUCCCAGCGCUCCCAAAUCAUUCGGUCCAAGUUCCGAUCUGUCCUUCAGCUUCGGAUCCACAGACGGUAUCAGGACCUGAUCUUGGAUCCUGAUCCAUGGAUCUCAGCUGCAGAUCCGGCUCUGGCUCUGGCCCCAGCCUCCCCACUGGGCCCAGCCCCUUUCCUCUUCAACCCUGGAGCCCUUCCUCCUGAGCCGAAACCCUGCUCUUGGAGGUCCCUGAAGAAGGAGUCUCCCAAGACCUUCCAACACUGGAGGGAGCCCAAGCCCAAGGGGAACUUGACAUACCACCAGUACAUACCCCCAGAGCCAAGACAAGGGUGCAGGGCAGACCCCCAGGUUGAAGGGUCGCCCUUGGAUCCCCCUGGACCACCUCUGUGGGAAGGGACAAACUUACAGCAGCCACCUCCUAGGAUGAAGCCCACACCCCUCACUCCCUCCCCACCAGGAGUUCCCAACCCCUCGCCCCUGCCACACAAGUUGGAACUUCAGACCCUUAAACUGGAGGAGCUGACGGUCUCAGAGCUCCGGCAGCAGCUGCGGCUGCGGGGCCUCCCGGUGUCGGGGACCAAGUCAAUGCUUCUGGAGCGCAUGCGCGGCGGCGCCCCGCUCCGCGAACGGCCGAAGGCUCGGCGCGAGGACAGUCCGGCGGGCGCCCCCUGGCCUCGCUUCAGGCCCAAGGCUUUGGGAACCGCCCGGAGUGCGUGCUCGUUCAAGCUGAGUCCAACGUCUCAUUCGCCGCCUCCUCCACGUGCCGCGGAAACCCUGGUCACUGCUUCGGCUUCGGCUCCGGUUCCGGUUGCGACGACGGCUCAGGCUCCAACUCCAGCUCCAGCGCCGGUCCCUUCCUCAGCACCGGCCUCAGCAGCCCUGACCCUGGAGGAGGAGCUGCAGGAGGCGAUCCGCAGAGCGCAGCUGCUUCCGAACCGGGGCAUUGAUGACAUCCUGGAGGAUCAGGUGGAGCCUGAGGACCCGCUGCCCGCCAUCUCCUUGGACUUCCCCGGCUCCUUCGACAUGCUGUCCCCCUCCCCGGACUCUGAAGGCCUCUCUUCUGUCUUCUCUUCCUCACUUCCGUCCCCCACGAAUUCCCCUUCCCCCUCUCCCAGGGGCCCAACGGACUCCUUGGAUUGGCUGGAGGCUCUGAGUGGGGGUCCCCCUCUGGGCUGUGGCCCCCCAGCCCCCAGCAUUUUCUCUGCUGACUUAUCUGAUUCCAGUGGCACCAGGCUGUGGGACCUGCUGGAGGAUCCAUGGUGA